UGUCUACAUUGAGCUCAGCUUUGAAAGUGUCUCCAGACAGAAUGCAGGCUUGUGAAGUCGCUGCACUGAUAUUGCUGACUGUAGUGAGCUGCUCCAGACAGUAUGAAGAGGGCUGUCCCAAGGCUGUCCUGACCCUGCAGCCUGCCUGGUCACAGAUAUUCACAGGAGAGACAGUCACUCUGAGCUGUGAGGUGGAGGGGGGCUCUGCUGACUGGAGUUUUAAACAGAACAGAGAUGGACGUGAAGAGGCAUGGUGCAGUGAUCAGUACACGAGUAGAUAUGGGGACAGCUGCACAAUCAGUACAGCUCGGCAUCACCACAGUGGAGUGUACUGGUGUGAGUAUGCAUCAGGACAGGAGCGCAGUAAUGCUGUCAACCUAACUGUGUCCAAUGAACGAGUGAUCCUGCAGACUCCCCCCCAGCCUGUGUUUGAGGGAGACACUCUGACUCUGAGGUGUCGUGUCCGCCCAGGUUUUAAAGCUGUCGGCAUUGUCUUUUAUAAAGAUAAUAAAGAGUUACAGUCCCGGGCUGACAAAGAGCGGAGUGUGGAUCGUGUUUCAAAAAGUGACGAGGGGUCCUACAAGUGCAGAGCGCGGUGGAACUCCCGUUACUCUGGUGAAUCAGCAGAGGUGCGGGUGUCAGUGAGAGAGCUGCCUCAGACUACACUCACCCUGGAGCCUCCAUUUCCAGAGAUAUUCACCGGGGAGACAGUCACUCUGAGGUGUGGGGUUGAGGGGGGUUCUGCUGGCUGGAAAUAUCUCUGGUACAAAGACAGUGAGGACUCUCCAGUGCUCCAGACUGCUGGACGCAGUAUAACUGGUGACAGCUACACAAUCACUGCAGCUGCUGUGUCUGACCAGGGCCAGUACUGUUGUCGAGGACAAAGAGGAGAUCAACCAUGUUCCUCUCAGUGCAGUGAUCCUGUUACACUGACUGUGUCAGGUGAGUUUAUUAACACAGCGAUCCUGUUACACUGACUGUGUCUGGUGAGUUUAUUAACACAG